CUACCGCGUAACGGAGCAGUACGGAAACUAUUUCUUACUCGGCAUUUUUAAUAAGUUUGUGAAUAUAAAAGUUGAAUUAUUAUUGUGAAGUAUGGACUCGCUGUUUGUUAGUAAUCGCAUUUUUCUCAACUCGAAGCGCUAUCCGGACUUGUUCGCCGGAGGCAUCUUGGUGUCUAGCGUAGAUGGAAAAGUGGCCCGAAUUUUCACUCAGCCCAACGAUGUACUGGCCUAUCUGGUUAAUCACGAUGCUGAGGUUCACGACUUCGGUGAUCUGGUCCUGAUGCCGGGACUAAUCGAUUCCCACGUGCACAUCAAUGAGCCCGGCCGGACCGAGUGGGAAGGAUUUCAUACGGCUACCAAAGCAGCCGCAGCCGGAGGUUUCACCACGAUUUGCGAUAUGCCACUGAAUUCGAUUCCUCCGACGACGACGAUGGCGAAUCUGCGGACGAAGAUCAACGCAGCCCGGGGUAAAAUUUUCGUCGACGUCGCCUUCUGGGGAGGGGUAGUGCCUGGAAAUGUUGACGAACUGCAGGAGAUGAUCUACGCCGGAGUGGUCGGGUUCAAAUGCUUUCUCUGCCCUAGCGGAGUGGAGGAAUUCCAGCAUGUCGCAGAAGAGGACGUACAUUUGGCGUUACAAAAAAUGGAAGGGACUGGUUCUGUACUAGCCUUCCACGCUGAGGUCGAGUGCAAAUCCCAUCAGCACAACAACAAAAAAAGUAAUCCGAAAAAAUAUGAAACCUUCCUGCACACAAGGCCUGAUGAGAUGGAAUCGGAAGCGAUCGAUCUGGUUGCCCGACUGUCGCAGCGAUACGAUGUUCCGUGUCACAUAGUGCAUCUAUCGGCUGCCCGGGCUUUGCCUUCUAUCCGAAAUGCGCGAGACAACGGCGCUAGGCUGACGGUGGAAACCUGUCAUCACUACCUCUCGAUUGCCGCCGAGGACAUCCCGGACGCUCACACCGAGUACAAGUGCUGUCCACCAAUUCGGGGGAAGAGCAAUCAGGAACAACUGUGGCAAGCUGUUUGCGACGGUGACAUCAACAUGGUCGUUUCGGAUCAUUCGCCUAGCACACCCGGGAUGAAACUCCUUAAUUCGGGUAAAAAUCGAGGUGAUUUUCUGAAGGCUUGGGGCGGAAUCUCCUCCGUGCAGUUUGGGUUGCCUCUGUUCUGGACUAACUGUCAGCGAUACGGACUGGGAAUCCCAGAUGUUGUGAAACUUCUCUGCACAGAACCAGCCAAAAUGUGUGGUAUCGACAGGGUGAAAGGCCGUCUAGAGGUUGGUUACGAUUGCGAUAUCUGCGUGUGGGAUCCGGAAGAUUGGUUUACGGUAACACAGGACAUUAUCGAAUUUCAAAACAAAGCUAAUCCCUACAUGGACCGCAAGCUGCGAGGUGUUGUCCACGCGAGCUUCAUCCGUGGUUCACCGGUUUACAAGGCGACGCAUAAAUUCGGUGCUCCGAAAGGCAACAUUCUGCUGAAAAAAGUCAGCCGGAGAGGGUCGAAGGUGGUGAAGUUUGAAUAAUUUCAUGCAUCAUCACGGAAGAAUCACAAAAGAUAUUCGACCAAGGUAAACUCGAAAAUAUACUUCAAAACUAAACAAACUUUGAAGCAAAAAUAAUAUAUCAGAGAUUAAAAUCCGCUGAAUGAUUUGAACAAUCUCAGCAGAACUUGUAGUCAGUAAAACAGUUUAUUUAUAAGGUUACUUGUUGAGUUUUCACGAUAACAUUAACGCGCUUCAACAUUUAGCUUAUAGUUAGAUUAGUGUUUCUAAGUAUUGUAGCACCAAUAGUCCUUGCGUAUAUUAUGCAACUAAUUCUAAACUUCAACCAAAACGUAAUGUUAGGUUGAACAGAUUAACUUGAGAUAAGGUAUACUUAUUUUAAAUAUAUAUUGCUAUUUUUUACAACAUUUUAUAAAUAUUCAAUAAAA